UCUAGAGUGACUACUGAGUCAAAUAAUAUCAGUUUGUAGCCUACUAUAAUCUGUCUGUGUCGUGUUAUGAUCUGUCUGCAUAUACCUUUUGGUCACUGCAGCUCAACUUGUUAACUUUGAUCAAGAUAUGUUGUAUAGUCCUCAAUGGAAAAAGGACAGUAGCGUCAUUUUUUCCUGACGUUUAACAAUAUCCGGAAAUUGAGAUCAACGUUACUGGUGGACUUUCUCGCUUUCACUUCCCUUCAGACGGACUGCACGCAGACGCCACCUGAUUUGUCGCGAACUGGGAUUUUACCAAUUUACACUUGACGGAUACCUUAGUUUAAUCAAGACAACAACACGACAGGGAAGAGAUUAGAAUAGUAAUCCUUUCUAGAAGGUGUCCCAGUUUAGCAGCAUAUAUUCUGACAGAUCCAUUAGGCUUUUCUUGGCCCACAGAGCGCGACAUGAGGACAGUACUGCGAGUGUUAAUGGUACUAAUUGUCUCAGGUGAUGCCGAGAUGAUGACCACAGUCACUGGAGUCUUGAACGGCAGUGUCCUUCUGCCAUGCACCUGUUCAGAGAGGAAUGAGGGUAAAGGUUUUCAGUGGCAGAUGGAAGAACCAAACAAGAUGCUGGUGUUUAAAUAUGACAACACCACAAACAAAGGCAGGGCCACGAUAUUUCUGCCAGAGAACAGCAGUAACUGCUCUCUUCUCCUCACCAACAUCACAGCAAAUGACAUGGGGAAGUACAGAUGCUCUUUUCACUCUGGACAGCUAUACAAGAAAGUCUUUGUGUAUCUAAACAUCUCUGUGAACUUCAGUGUCUGUCAGAAUGACACCAACCUGCAUGGUGAAAAUGUUCUCCAGUGUGAUGCAGAAGGACCCUAUGCCGAGGCAGAGAUUCAGUGGAAUUAUGAAGGACGGCUUCUUAGAAAUUCAUUCAAAACUCAUAUAACCUACACAAACACCCGAAAUGCUACGACUGGCCUCUACCAUUUCACCAGCAGUCUCAUCUCUAAACACAACUGGACGUCAAAACCUACAUGUAAUGUCAUGGCCAAAGGCAUAUCAACUGUCAUUAGCGAUGGCUGCAAACCAAAACAUGAGGAAUAUUCAGGGCCCCUCAAACCAGAAGAUUUCAUGAGAUAUCCGUACGUUAAGCUUAUUCCCAUCAUGUCAGUGUUUGGAUUUUCCUUGUUAUUGUGGUGGCGUUGGAAACUUUCACAGUAGGUUUCGCAAGAGUUUGUUAUUCAGUUGUUUAUUCAGCAUUAGUUGAGUUCCACACCGGUUUGCUUCUGUGUUGACAUUUUUAUGUUGUGUUUAGUGAGACUCUCAGUAAAAUUUCUUUCCAUAUCUUUUGAUGUUUGCAUCAAAAGGGGGUUAGUCAUGAAUCUGCUGUCAUGCUGGUACAGGUUACAUCUUGUGUCCAUCUUAAUUUGUUUUUGGAAAACGAGGUCCUGUUUUUGAGCCAACCUACCCUGAACAAAAUCCCUCACAAACUUUAGGAAUCUGAGAAGAAUUUUCAAUCUAAACAUCCGUUGUUACAGAGACACAAUGUAGAACUGUCCAGUUUAAUGUACUUUGUUUUGAUUAUGUAUGUAAACUCUCACUGCUGUGACUUAAGUGUAAAAAAAAGAGAGUUUUAAUACAGAGAUAUUUACCAUAACAAUUUUAGGUAGCUUGACCUGAAAUGGCAACAUUUGUGAAAAUUAUGUCAGGGUUCAUAUGCAAAAAAUUUGUAAGCUUUUUUCAAAGACCAUAUUUUUGUAUAACACAGUGCCAGUACUAGGCAUUGUUUAUUUACAUUUAAACCACAUGUAAUUCAUAUAUUUGUAGGACCUGUAUAAAAUCUACAUAAGGCUGACAUUUGCUGUGAUUUUUUUUCUUUUUUUUUUUUAUAAGGACAAGCUUGGAUGAGCAUUUCUUGUAUUAGCAUGUGUGAAACUGAAACUUGUUUUUCUGUAACUGCCUCUGUGAUAUACUGGUUACAAUUAAUAUAGUUCCUUUGUUGCACUUUUGUAAAUAUGUGGUAUAAGGUCAUUGUAUAUAUCACGUCAAGGUUCAGAACGGACUCUGUGACAGUGUUGUGAUGUUCAAGAGGUGCAACGCCAAAAUAAGAAGUUGAGACUGUGAAUGAUCCCCACCAAACACUCAAGAGCCUUUUUUUUUUAAUUAUCUUUUCUCAUCUAAGAGGAGGACAUUAUUGAACUAGGGGAACUGAGAAUAUUUCUGGUCCAGAUGUUCAGCCCACCACAGAUCCCAUAUUCUGGGUUUUGCCUUGGCCCUGCUUCUGUAAAAGUGCAAACAAGAGAGUGCACCAAAUCUGAAGCAAGCUUUCUAAUAAUGUGUGUGAAUACGUGGACUUUUCCAGGGUCAAAAUGGUUUAAGUGAAACCUAUCCUCAAAAUGAUUUGCUAAGAGAAAUAAACCGACCAUGUAACCCACAUACCCCAUUUUAGCCCUGGAGACAUUUUGUUGGAUUGUCUUUUGUUUUUGUGUCACUAAUUCCUUUUGUAUUUUUAUUAUUUUUGUAAUCAAGUCAUCAUUCUCGCUCUUGUUCUCUCUUUGUAAAUAAUUUUGAUAUGUGUUGAACGACACAGCACUGUAAAAGCUAAGAUUUCCAGCAUGUUUUGACUUGUCACUGGGGCUUUUAGGCUGAGAACAUACAAAGAACUUACUUUUGUCUAGCUGGAGGAAAGUGCAAGAUUCAACAUUGUUUGUACACUGUGUGUGUGUGUGUGUGUGAAAGAGAGGUGACAGGAACAACUAAUCACAUAACACAUCAAAAAAAAUGUUUAUUUUUGUUCAUUUAGAUUAUCUUUCUUAAAUUAGCUUAAACAUUUUGAAGUAUGUUUACAUUUCUGUCAUCAUUUUCAACAUUAGUUUGUAACCCUGAAUCAAAGUAAUAAAAUUUGACAGAAAAAAACGCAGGUCAGCAAGUGACAUUCACAUUUCCCUUUAAAAAAAUUUCAUUUCCCUUUUUUACUUUUUUUUUUUACUAAACCUCAUUAAUGAACAAAACUUUCAACACAAAAUAUUCUUCACUACUGUGUAAACAUCUUUUAUGUUAAACAACUAAAUAAACCAUAUUCAACAAUAACGGGAAAUGUGUAACGCCUAUAAACAAUAAAGAGACAAUAAACAAUU